AUGAAGACCUCCGCUAUCUUUCUUGCUGUCGCGUCGGUCAUUGCCGGUGUCAUCGCAGCACCACAACCGGCCCCAGCACCCCCUGCACUUGCUGCAAAUGAAAUCCAGGCCACUCUUCGAACCGACGGCAACACGACUUAUACUGCUAGCUCUGACUUCUCAGUACUUGCUGUGAGAACAUCCAGACAAUGCAGUGCCAGAAACUUCGGUGGCACAUGCUACAGAUUCACUUUUGAUUCUGGUGUUUGUUGGAGCUACUCUGAUUUCGGCAGCACCGUGUACAACGCCCUAAAUGACAAAACAAGCUCUAUCGACAAUUUUGGCGCAACAUGCACUUUCUAUCAGAAUACGAAUUGCGGAGGCAGAAGCUACAGAACUCCUUACAACGCUGAUCUUGCUGGAGAGUUCAAUGACAUUAUCAGCUCCUUCAGAUGCUAG